GAUGGUGAUGGUUGACUAACCAAAUGAAGGUAUAAAAUUACCGUGAAAUAUCAUAAAAGUAGACACACGGUAAAAUAAAGUUCGUUAAUAAUGUUACACAACACCGCUGCGCAGAUAAUAGUCUACGUUUUCUUAGCUCAUCACUGCUUUGAAGCAGUGGGACGUUUAACAAAACGAAAUGGUUUCGUAUAUCAAAUACCGGUAGCAUCCGUGCAACAUGGUGGUGGCGAUUUAUUUGAACCGCAAAGUCAACAUGCACCAACCAAUCAUGAAUCAUCUGAAUCUGAGGGAAGCAACUAUGUAGAUUAUCAUAUAGAAACUGAAGCAAUCGAUGGGCAUGUUAGUGAUGGAGGUAAACCUGGUAAAGCUGGCUAUAGUAUCGGCAGUGGAUUACGAUCUAUAGCUCAAGGAUCUGCUGAUCAAGCUUACACUGCUGUAGUUUCACAGCACGCUGCAGCCAAGCAAGCGGCUUUUAUUGCUAAAAAUACCUUAGCACAAGCGGCUACUCAGGCGGCCGCGACAGCACAAGCUGCUCUAGAAGGUAAAGAAGUGUUGCUGCAAGAAUUGCAACAGCAAACAGCCGAAGCUCAAAGGGCUUUAUCGCGAGAAUUGGAACAAUUAAAAUCAGCUAGAUUGGCCGCCAAAUUGUCACAACAAGCUGCCCAAGCAGCUAAUAAUCAUAUAUCAGUAUUAACGGCAGCCGUUAAUAAUGCUAAAGCUGUAGCCGAACACGCUGCACAAACAGCAAAUGAAGUCUCUAAUCAGUUGGCUUCGCAAUCAGCCAUGGUCGGCCAAGCAAAAUCACGCUUAGAACAAUUGGAGCAGCAAUUCCAACAAGCCAGCAUAGAUUAUGAAGCUACGAAAGAGGCCGCCUUAAAAGCAGCUUCUUCUGCCGCCGAAGCGCAGGUAAACGCUUCCAAGGCUGCUGCACAUGCCACUUUGGGCUUGCAUGAGAGCGCUCAACCACAAGCCAAUAAUAUUCAUAGAGAACAUUACGAUGACAGUGAUAAUGCAAAAACAACUAAUCAUCAUCAAGUACGAGGUUUAAUAAAUAAUCAGCAUGUUGCUAUCGUACACAAUGGACACGCACAUUCUAUAGAUAGAACCGGACAAAAUCAUAAGCAGUGAUAAUGAUUAUUGCACGUAUGCAAAAAAAAAGCGGAGAACGUCAAAGGUACACAAUUGAAGAAGUUUCCGUCUAAGGCU